AUGAGUAAAAAAAGUUCAUCAAAUUUGAAUAAUGGAAAUACCUCAAUUUUUAAGGAAAAUUCAUUUUUGACAAUAAAUUCACCUGCGACAAGGUGGUUUGAUUGGUUGAGUAAUUCUCAAUUAGAAAAAUGGUCAACUUUGUUAAGCUUAAUCUUUGGAAUUUAUAUAAAAUGGACUGUAGGUUUAAAUCCAUAUUCAGGUUACAAUACUCCACCAAUAUAUGGAGAUUUUGAAGCACAAAGACAUUGGAUGGAGUUGACAUUAAAUGUUCCAAUUAAACAGUGGUAUUAUUAUGACACAGAAUGGUGGGGCCUUGAUUAUCCUCCACUGACAGCAUAUGUAAGUUGGAUUUGUGGCAAAAUAGGAUAUUUAAUUAACCCUGAAUGGGUUGAACUAGAUGAAUCUCGUGGUUAUGAAAGUACAGAACUUAAAAUAUUUAUGAGAUCAAGCUUAACAGUAAUUAUAACAUUUAGUGUGAUGUUUUUUCCAUUCUUAGAUUCACUUGAUCAGAUUACACAAGUGAUUUGGCGUAUUUUCCCUUUAUAUCGUGGAUUAUAUGAAGAUAAAGUUGCCAAUAUUUGGUGUUCUAUAAAUGUGAUUAUUAAAUUACGUGAAUUGUUUGAAAUCUAUGUAUUAACAAAGUUGAGCCUUUUAACAACUCUUAUAGCUAUUUUACCAACUUGUUUUUACAUUGGAAUAACAACUGAUAAACAUCAACUUGUACAUGAGAAAUCAAUAUUAUUACCAGCAUUGCCCAUCACCUUAUUAAUCAUGGAUGAACCAUUUUGGAGCCCAUUGUUUAUUAAUGUUGCAACAUUUAGAGCACAGACAGACACUAACAUAUUUACACCAGUAACACCAACAGCUGAACCAACUUCUACUAUUCAAUACCAAGGUUCACCACCAGCUAUCAACCCCAAACCAGAGAAUCCUACCAAAUAG